UCUCUUCCUCAUUGAACAGAGGACUGUCUUUUCAGGGUGGAAUUCUUGAGAACUGGCCUUCUGUGGCUAAAUCUCCUUUCUUAUUACACUACUUCUGUAAAAGAGAGACGUGAAAUCCAUCCGACAUAACCAAUCUUCUGAACAGGGAGCUGCAUGUAUCACCCUGAAGCACGAUGGUUGUUUUCAGAAAAGGUGACCAUAUAUGGUUGGAGGCCUCUUCAGGAAGUGAAUUUAAUGUGCCCAUUGGCGCAGUUGUAAAGAUUUCUGACUCUGGACGGUUCUUGCUGGAAGAUGAUGAAGGCAAGGAACACUGGAUCAUGGCUCGGAACAUCUGCAAUGUGCGGCCAAUGCAUCCCACUUCUGUCAAAGGAGUUGAAGAUAUGAUACGUCUUGGAGACAUGAAUGAAGCUGGCAUGGUGCGCAACCUUCUCAUCCGCUACAAGGAACACAACAUCUAUACCUACACAGGAUCUAUCUUGGUAGCUAUGAAUCCAUACCAAGUGCUGCCACUGUAUACCAUGGAACAGAUUAGACUCUACUGUAACAAGAGGAUUGGAGAACUGCCACCUCAUGUCUUCGCCAUUGCUGACAAUUGCUAUUUCAACAUGAAGAGAAAUAAAAGAGACCAAUGCUGCAUCAUCAGUGGAGAAUCCGGAGCAGGGAAGACCGAAAGCACAAAGCUGAUUUUGCAGUUCUUAGCAGCUAUUAGCGGCCAACAUUCUUGGAUUGAACAACAGAUUCUAGAGGCCAAUCCCAUUUUAGAAGCUUUUGGAAAUGCCAAGACAAUUCGGAAUGACAAUUCGAGUCGCUUUGGGAAAUACAUCGAUAUUCAUUUCAACCAAAACGGAGUGAUAGAAGGCGCUCGGAUAGAACAGUUCCUUCUGGAGAAGUCUCGGGUUUGUCGCCAGGCUCCUGAGGAAAGGAACUAUCACAUCUUUUACUGCAUGUUAAUGGGGAUGAAUCUGGAGCAGAAGAAGAUGCUGAACCUGGGCACAGCUUCAGAGUACACUUAUCUUACUAUGGGCGACUGCACUUCCUGUGAAGGCCGUAAUGAUGCUAAGGAAUAUGCUCAUAUUCGCUCUGCCAUGAAAAUCCUGAUGUUCUCUGAUUCUGAGCACUGGGACAUAAGCAAACUGCUGGCAGCCAUUUUGCAUCUGGGGAAUAUGGAGUUUGAAGCUGCUGUGUAUGAUAAUUUGGACUGUUGUGCUGUACUGGAUUCUGCACACUUUUCCAUUGCAACUAAACUGCUUGAGGUGGAUUCCGGGGAACUCCACAGCAGCCUUACAAACCACUCAAUCAUCAUCAGGGGAGAGAGCGUCUCUAUGCCCCUAAGUGUAGCCCAGGCUGCUGAUGUGAGAGACGCCUUCGUAAAGGGGAUCUAUGGACUCCUCUUCCUCUGGAUAGUUAAUAAGAUCAAUACUGCAAUUUACAACCCACCAUCUCAGGGUCAUAAAAAAACAUGCAGGUCCAUUGGGCUACUGGACAUCUUUGGCUUUGAAAAUUUUACCACUAAUAGUUUUGAGCAGCUGUGCAUCAACUUUGCCAAUGAGCAUCUCCAGCAGUUCUUCGUAGCACAUGUCUUCAAGCUAGAGCAGGAGGAAUACUUGGCUGAGCAUAUCACCUGGAAUCACAUUGACUUCACAGAUAACUGUACCGCCUUGGAAGUGAUUGCACUCAAACCCAUGAAUAUUGUGUCACUCAUUGAUGAAGAAAGCAGGUUCCCUAAGGGAACAGACACAACCAUGUUGCACAAAAUCAACAAUCAUCAUUGCAGAAGCAAAAUCUACAUUCCACCAAGAAGCGUCCAUGACACAGUCUUUGGUAUCAACCAUUUUGCUGGUGUUGUUUAUUACCAGUCUAAAGGUUUUCUCGAGAAAAACCGUGACAUGCUUAGCUCUGACAUCCUGCAGUUGGUUCAUUCAUCCAAAAACAAAUUCCUCAGACAGGUCUUUCAGGUGGAGACCCCUGUGAAUGUGAUUCCUUUUGGCCGUGGGAGCAUCAGGCAUCUAGGAGUGGAUCCCACCCUCAAGUCAUUGUCCUGCCGGGGUUUUGUGCAAUCCAGAACAUCACCUGCUGCCUUUGGACAGGGGUCAGAUACCACCAAGCGUCUCUCUACAUUAGGGGGGCAGUUCAAACAGUCCCUGGAGCAGCUGAUGAAAAUCCUGAGUAACUGCCAGCCAUAUUUUAUCCGCUGUAUCAAACCCAAUGACUACAAGAGGCCAAUGCUGUUCGACCGAGAACUCUGUAUCCGUCAGCUGCGCUACUCUGGAAUGAUGGAAACCAUCCGGAUUAGGAAAGCUGGCUACCCAAUUCGCUAUGGCUUUGCAGAAUUCUUUGAGAGAUACCGAGUUCUGCAGCCAAUGUCUUCUCGUGAGCAGCUGAAGAAUGAUGCUCGCCAGUGCUGCAUUUACAUCUGUGAGAAGGUGAUAGGAAAAGAUGAUGAGUGGAAAAUUGGAAGAACCAAAGUAUUCCUGAAAGACUAUCAUGAUACAGUACUGGAGGUGCAGAGAGACAAAGCACUCACAGAGAAAGCCAUCCUAAUUCAGAAAGUGCUGAGAGGGUUCAAGGAAAGGAAACAGUUUCUGAGGCAAAGGCGCUGUGCUGUGGUUAUUCAGACAGCCUGGAGGGGAUAUUGCUGUCGAAAGAACUUCAAGAUGAUCAUGUUGGGUUUUGAGCGCCUGCAGGCCCUUUUCCGGAGCAGGCAGCUUGUGAAGCAAUAUGAGGCCGCCCGGGCAAGUGUGAUUAAGUUCCAAGCUUUGUGUCGAGGUUACCUGAUGCGCCAGAAAACAGCUGAGCAGCUGAAAGCUGUGUGUGUGAUACAGGCUUAUGCCAGAGGGAUGUUUGCUCGUAGGAGCUUCCAGAGAAUGAAGAGAGAGCAGCAACUCAAACUGGAAGCCAGACAGCUACGCUUCAAGGAAGAUAAGCAUCUCCUUCCAAUAACUGGAGCAAAGAAAGCAAGGGAAGAAGCGCUUAGAAUAGAAAAGGAACAGCUGGAAGAGGACGCUGAGAAGCUAAGGAAAUAUGAUGCUGUUGACGACAAACAUGAAGCAAUAUAUGAUGUCAUCAGUGACCAGGAAAUGGUGGACAGAGUAUUUGGCUUCUUACCUUCUUUAAUCGGAGGCCAAGAAGGACAGGCUCCUCUGGGCUUUGAGGACUUAGAGACAAAGACACAGAUGUACAAGCUGAAUGAGGUGGACCUGGAUAUGAUCCCGAUGGCCAUGGAGCUGGAGGAAGAGGAAGAGGAGACGAGUGGUCUUGCAGAAUAUUCAUUCCCAAAAUUUGCAGCCACUUACUUCCAAGGUUCCUCUACACAUACGCACAUUCGACGGCCGCUGCGCCACCCAUUGCUCUACCAUGAGGAGAAGGAUGAUAUUCUGGCAUCUCUAGCCGUUUGGACCACCAUCUUGCAGUUCAUGGGUGACUUACCAGAGCUAGGAAAAAACACCAACAGCAAGAGCAGCUCUGAAGUGACUCAGGUCUAUGAUACCUUUGGCAAGAAAAACCAGCUGCAGCCCACAGGCAACUGCAGUCCUGAUGUGAGGGACAACAGGAAGGACAAGUUCUCCAAUGUCAUUUCAUCUGUGAAACUAAAACGCAACUCCAAGCUGACUGGAAAGGUGGCUUACCAGCUGAGCAAUGGGGAAGAUAUGUUUCGGGAGGAAAGCACUGUGUCUGAGGGACCUAUGUCUAACCUUGAGAAAGUGCACUUCAUUAUUGGCAAUGCUAUCCAGCGUCCUGCCAUCAGGGAUGAAAUUUACUGUCAGAUCUGCAAGCAACUCAGUGAGAAUAAAAACCAAACCAGUUAUCUGAGAGGUUGGAUUCUGCUGUCUCUCUGUCUUAGUUCCUUCUGUCCUUCAGACAAGUUUGUGAAGUACCUACUGAAUUUCAUCCAGGGUGGACCAACAUUAUAUGUCCCAUACUGUGCUGAAAGACUGAAGCGCACAUAUAUGAAUGGAACACGAUCUGACCCACCUAGUUGGCUGGAGCUGCAGGCAACAAAGAAUAAGAAGCCUAUUACGCUUAGCGUGACCCUGAUGAAUGGCAGCAGCAUCACAGUCUCGGCAGAUUCAGCCUCCAUUGCAAAGGAAAUUUGCCAGCGUGUUGCUGAGAAAACUAACCUGAAGGAUACAUUUGGUUUCUCUCUCUAUAUUGCUUUGUACGACAAGGCUUGGUCACUUGGUGGCGAACGGGAACACAUAAUGGAUGCCAUUUCCCAGUGUGAACAAAUGGAAAAGGAGAAGGGUGGCCACGAACGCCACACUCCCUGGCGUCUGUACUUCAGGAAAGAGGUCUUCACUCCCUGGCACAACUCUAAGGAAGAUCCUGUCAGCACUGAGCUCAUCUAUCAUCAAAUCAUCCGUGGCAUUCGAUAUGGAGAAUACCGCUGUGAGAAGGAGGAGGACUUGGUGGAGAUAGGAGCCAAAUAUUGCUACGUCCAGUUUGGAGAGUCCAUCCAAAAUGAGUUGGUUCAAAACAUGCUCCAGGAGUGUAUCCCAGCAAAGCUGCUGAAGUCUAAAUCCAAGGAGAAGUGGGUGAGCCUCAUCACAUAUGCUCACGCUAAGGCCCCUUAUACCCAGGACCGACUUUCCCCUCAGAAUGUGAAGGAGCAGCUGGUGGAUUUUGCCCGCUUUCAGUGGCCUCUGCUCUUUUCUAGAUUCUUUGAGGUCACCAAAUUUUCAGGGCCAAGUCUGCCCAAGAACCAUUUCAUAGUGGCAAUUAAUUGGAAAGGGAUCUGCUUCCUAGAUGAGUCAGAAAAGAGAUUUCUAGACCUGUCUUUCCCAGAAAUCACUGGCAUCCACACAAACAGGGCAGUCAAGGCGUUUGGACAAAGUUGCACCCUUAACACCUUGCGUGCUGAAGAGUUUGUCUUGACAUCGGCCAACAGCGUUGUCAUUGCUGAGCUGGUGGUCAUGUUUCUGCAAGGACUGAAAGAGAGGUCACAGUAUGCUGUGGCAAUGCAAGAAAACAAGCAGCAAGAUGACUCCACAAUUCUGGCAUUUAAGAAGGGGGAUUUGCUGAUUUUAGCCAAGGACAGGGGACUAGAAAAAAGCCAAGGCAGGAUGCAUGCCCGUGGCAGAAGACUGGAAGGAAGCCAAGGCUGGAUCUAUGCUCAGAAUGAGCGAACUGGUAAAUCUGGGCUUGUGUCACAAGAUGCAAUCUACGUCAUCCCCACUGUUACGAAACCUUCUAGUCAAUUACUGAGCCUGCUGAUGAUGUCGCCUGAACAACGGAGGUUGGCGUCACUGAAUUCUCGCACAGAGGAGCAUGAGGAAGAAGAAGCAAAAGUGAAGCCAUAUACUCUGGAAGAAUUCUCCUACGAGCACUUCAGAGUUCCUGAAAAGGAGUCCAUCAGCAAGGCGGUCUUACACAAGUCCCGUGGGAGGAGUCACCUAUGGGCUCACUCUAGGGAACCCCUAAAACAGCCUUUACUGAAGAAGGUGUGCACCAACUCUGACCUCUGGGACUUUGCUUGCCAGUCCUUCAUUGCUAUCAUGAGAUACAUGGGAGACUAUCCAAAGCAGGAGAGGUCCCCUGCGGAGCUCACCGACCAGAUAUUUGUAGUGGCAAUUCAGGAGGAAGUUCUGCGCGAUGAGAUCUACUGUCAGAUCAUGAAGCAGCUGACAGAGAACACCAACAGGUACAGCCUGAACAGUGGUUGGCAAUUACUCUGGCUCUGCACAGGCCUUUUCCCUCCGAGUAAAUCACUGCUGAGUCAUGCUCAGAAAUUUAUGGAGACUCGCCUGAAAGAGAACCUGGCUGUGGACUGCAGGCGUAGGAUGCAAAGAGUGAUGAGGAGUGGCUGUCGGAAGUGGGCCCCACACAGCGUGGAAGUGGAGGCGAUCCAGAAGAAUAUCACAAAGAUUUCCCACAAGGUUUACUUUCCAAAUGAUACAGAGCAGGCAUUUGUGGUAGGGACAAACACAAAAGUACGGACUCUGUGUGAGACUAUCGCCAGCCAGAUGGAACUGAGUUCCUGGGAAGGAUUCAGCCUCUUUGUCAAGACUGCAGACAAGGUGAUCAGCCAGAAUGAAGCAGAUUACUUUUUUGACUCUUUGAGACAGGUGACUGAUUGGACGCGGAAGAACAGGCCGAGCAGAGAGGUGGCUCCAACCACUGUGAAUUACCAGGUGUAUUUCAUGAGAAAGUUAUGGCUGAAUGUGACUCCUGGGAAGGACUUGAAGGCUGACUGCAUCUUUCAUUAUCAUCAGGAACAACCAAAGUAUCUACGCGGAUAUCACAAGUGCUCAAAAGAGGAUGCCAUCCAAUUAGCUGGGCUGAUUUUCAAGGUUAACUAUAACAAUGAUCGAAUGCAAUAUGCAGCAAUUCCCAAAAUAUUGAAGGAACUAGUGCCUGAGAACAUGAUCCGAACAGCAUCUCCAGAGGAGUGGAAACGGAAUAUCACUUCUGCCGCCAGCAAACAUGAACAGAAGACUGUGGACGAGGCCAAGAUUGCCUUCUUGAAGUACAUACAUCGUUGGCCAACAUUUGGCUCAGCCUUCUUCGAAGUGAAGCAAACCUCGGAGCCAAAUAUCCCUGACAUUGUAUUGAUUGCUAUCAACAAACAAGGUGUCUCUCUAAUACAUAUGAAGUCUAAGGAGAUCUUGACAGUUUACCCUUUCACUAAAAUCUCCAACUGGAGCAGUGGCAGCACAUAUUUCCACAUGACCAUAGGGAACCUGGUACGUGGGAGCCGGAUCCUUUGUGAGACUUCCCUGGGAUACAAAAUGGAUGACCUGUUGACAUCAUAUGUGAACUUGUUAUUGAAUGCUGCAAACAAACAGAAGGAUUCACAUCUCCCUGCCUAAGGAUGUGCAGAGACCAUCAUUCACAGGCUGUGCCAAACUGAAAAUAUGUCAAAUAUUGGAAGGAAUUCAUUUUUAGCUUUAUAUUUGUCAGAGCAGUCUCUAGUUUUACCUCUUCUUGACCCUAGGGGAGUGAACCAAAAGCUGCUGUUGUAGCAAAAACGUAUUUGUUUUUAAACUAACUACAGCUUAAAACAUUUUAUGACUCAUUGAUUUCAACAAGGCUAGCUGUCAUUCCCCCCGCUUUUCUG